AUGGUCCGCGGCGCAGAAUACGACAACGGUGUCCCCCAGAGCGACAACCCAAUCGAUAACGGUCCCAACAAGGCCCACGGUACCGGCAACGAGCCUGCCGAUCUGACCCGCUCCCACAAGGCUGCCCCCAUGCCUGAAGAGACUGGCUCCGGCCGUGAUGUCUACCCCGGUCUGCCUACUUCUGGGCCAGAUCAUCCCCACGGUGGAGCUAAGCCUGUCGUGUCACUUGAUGAGAAGAAUACUGGAGGCAAAUAG